UGCCCCAUUUGGACAUUCACAAUUCGUAGUUCGUAUUCUCCUUUUUAUUUCGCUCUCUCCUCUCUUCCCCGUCACUUCAUCACACAAGCGCUCUCUCCUUCUCCAAAUCACUCUGAAUUUCCCCCCAAAAUCCUAAAACCCAGAUGUUGUUACUUCAAUUAACCCCGAAAUCUCCAAUUUCCGACUAAUAUUCACGAUCAAAUCAAAACCAUAUAAAAACCCCUCUUUUCAAAAUGGGGGUUUCCUUCAAAAUUUCUAAGAGAGGAACCAAGUUUAAGCCGCCGAAGCCUGUGAUCUCGGAGUCAACUCUCGACAUUGAAGAUGGUCAACACUCGCUCGAGGCUACUAGAAUUCCCUCCAAAGUCGAUUCUGCUCAGGGGAAAGAUGAAGAUGCAGUUGGACUUUCGGGUUCAUCCAUGUCAUCUGGAAGACAUCACGUUUCUGCUGAAGAUGAAGUUUCCUUCAUUUUGAAUCUCUACCCUGAUGGAUAUUCAAUUGGAAAGCCCACAGAGAAUGAUAGUGGGAUUCAUGCUGCCUUUCAAGAAGGUUCAAAGAUGUUACAUCCUUAUGAUCGGACCUCGGAGGGUCUCUUCACUGCCAUCGAGUCUGGUCGGUUGCCUGGCAGUAUUCUGGAUGAAAUACCGUGCAAGUAUAAUGAAGGUGCACUCACAUGUGAGGUUCGCGAUUACCGAAAAUGCAUCUCUGAUUCCAAAUCCAAUAUUCCAUCAAGUAAUGGUAUUGCAACUAUUACCAAGGUGCGUCUAAAGAUGUCCUUGGAGAAUGUUGUGAAGGAUAUUCCAUUAAUGGCUGAUGAUUCCUGGACUUAUGGGGAUUUGAUGGAAGUAGAGUCACAAAUACUAAAAGCACUGCAACCAAAGUUGUGUCUUGAUCCAAAGCCUAAGUUGGACCGGCUUUGCAAGAAUCCAGUUUCUUUUAAGCUUGACUUGGGUAUGAGGGGAUUGCGAAAGAGGAGAUUGAGACAAAUUCCAGAAGUUACUGUUACAUCAAAUAAUCGGCCACACGGGAAGAAAAUCUGCAUAGAUCAGGCACCUGAAAGUUCAAGCUACAGGAUUGGAGAGCUGGGGCCAACAUCAGGUGAUGUGAUGCUACAUGUCCAAGAUAAUAUAGCUACUCAAGGGAUUGGGAACCAGAGACAUAUGCACGAUCCUAUUUUGAACGCGACCGGAGCCUCACCUGCUGGUCAGGAUAUGCCAAUUUCAUAUGCUGAUAAUAUGAACUCGACUGUUCUUGGGAAAAUGGAAGGUCAAGAAGUGCAGUUGUCACCGUAUUCCAAUCUUGCUAAGAGGGCAAGGCUUGGAUCUGGAGGUUCUGAUGGUGUUCAGCACCAGCAAAUUGGCUCUUUUAUGGAUGGCCUUCAAGUAUCAGAUGUGCAAUGGAGGAAUCAAUUUAUGCAACAGCAACCAAAUGCAAGAGGGUUCCAGUAUGCUAAUCCUGGCUUGCAAAGGUAUCCACAGCUAGCUGGUGAGGGGAUCGCCAGUCACAAUGGUGUGAAACUGGAGAAGGCAGACCCCAGUUUUGUCAAGACUGAUAUGCAGAUGAUGGAAGUUGAAGGUAGUCACAUGGACCCUAGACUCCAACAAAGGUUUCAGCAACAUCCGCUCAUGAGACAAGGCAUUCAACAGGCAAGCUGGAGUAAUCUCAGCCAACCAGUUGAGAAAGAUUUUAAAAAGGAAGAUCAAUUUCAAAAGAGAAAAUCAAUUCAGAGUCCGCGCCUUUCUGCCGGUGCUGCAGCUCAGUCACCAUUAACAGCGAAACCUUCUGAGGUGUCUUGUGGUUCAAUGGGGACACCUUAUGCAGUUUCUUCAGCUGCUGCCUUUGGACAAUUUCCAAGAGAAAAAUCAGUUGUCACAUCAAAUCCAGCAGGUGUUCGCAGUGCAUCAAUAACAUCAAGUGCCAAUGAUUCCAUGCAACCUCAACAUCAGGCACAACUUGCAGCAAAGAGAAGAUCAAAUUCCCUUCCCAAGACCCCGUUAAUAAGUGGAGUUGGUUCUCCUGUCAGUGUCAAUAAUAUGGGUGGUCCAAUGAAUGCAUCUAGCCCAUCUGUUAGUACCCAGCAACCAGCUGACCCAUACACACUUGAGAGGUUUGCGAAGAUUGAAAUGGUAGCUAUGAGGCAUCAAUUGAACCGUAAAAAGAAUAAUAAGGUUGAUGAAUACCCUAUGAGACAACGGUCAUUUUCUUCUACACAGGAACUUCAUAAAACUCUUUCUAAAGCUUCUAAUGAGGAGUAUGUGAAAGAUGAAACAUCUACCAGCUUGUCAAAUUCGGUGGUUGGUGGGAGCGUGAAUGUGUGCAAGAUAAGGAUCUUGACUGUGCAGCCACAAGCGAAUAUGCUUCCAGUUCCAGUAAGAACAAGAUUGAUCAUGUCCGAGAAGCCAAACGAUGGUACUGUAAUGAUGCAUUAUGGAGAAUUAGAAGUCGCAGAUUGUCUCAAUGCAGAAGAUCACUUGCCUUCACUACCCAAUACUCAUUUGGCGGACUUGCUUGCAAUGCAGUUUUGUACUUUGAUGAAUCGUGAGGGCUACUUCACAGAUGAUCAAGUCCAACCUAGACCACCCCGUAAUACUAUUCCUUCAAAUAGUCAACCUAACACACCUGCAGUCAGUUCUAAUAAUUCAGCGGCUGAUAUGCAGCAGCAGCAAUAUCCAGAAUCAGGGUCUGGACAGAAAACAUCAGUGGAAACCAAGCCAAACAUUUCCAACUCCGCUCUGAAUUCAACCUCGAAUGUCAUGUCAAGCUCUGGAAUGCUCCCUCCUGGAAAUUCACAAGCCUCACAGAUGUCUCAGGCACAUUUGUCUGGAGCCACAAUGCCAUCUAGAAUGCAACAAAUGGACCCGCAACAACCACUUCAGCAACUACAACAGCCCCAACAGUCGCAGCAAUUGCCACUUCAAAAUCAACCAUCUUUGAUGCCACAACAGCCACAGUUCCAGCGCUCUCCCCUCGUGUUACCAACCAAUUCAAUGCCGCAAAUGAACACAUUUGGGCAGGGUGCAAGCUUGCCAUUGGGUAAUCACAUUGGUAAUAAGCCUUCUCCUCUACAACUUUUGCAGCAACAACAACAGCAGUCACAGGCCCAGGCCCAAGCUCAAGCCCAAGCCCAGGCCCAAUUGCAGCGCAGGAUGAUGAUGGGGCUUGGGCCUGCUAUGGGUAUGGGGAACAUUGGCAACAUGGGUCUUGGGGGAUUGGCUAAUGUGAUGGGGAUUGGUGGAACAAGAGGAAUGAGCGGAGCUGGAACCGCACCAAUGGGUCCUAUUGCAGGGAUCGGGGGCAACAUGGGGCAGAACCCAAUUAACAUGAACCAGGCAAAUGCGAUAAGCCAGCACCUUCGUUCUGGAAGUAUUACCACUCAGCAAGCUCAAGCAGCGUUUGUUGCUCAGCGUUUAAAGCUGUUGCAACAACAAAGAGGUAUGGUGGGAGGAACUCAAUCUGGUAUAGCUGGUAUGUCAGGUGGUGUCCGACAGAUGCAGCCAGGCUCUUCUGGACUCUCAAUGCUGAGCCAAUCUCUGAAUAGAGGAAACAUCAGCCCGAUGCAACGGACUGCAAUGGGCCAGAUGGGCACGGCCAAAUUAAUGCCAGGUAUGAAUAUUCCGAUGAACCAGCAGCAGCAGUUGCAUAUCCAACAAUUGCAGCAACAACAGCAGCAACAGCAACAAGGCCAACAACAACAUCAGCAGCAGCAGCAGCAACAACAACAACAGCAGCAACAGCAACAACAGCAACAACAGCAGCAACACCAACAACAGCAACAGCAACAACAGCAGCAGCAACACCACCAACAACAGCAACAACAGCAACAACAACAACAACAAUUGCCGCAGCAGCAGCACAUGCCCCAACAAGAAGCCAGCUCCCCUCUGCAAGCUGUGGUUCCACCCCAGCAGGUGGGUUCACCUUCAACACUUGGAAUGCCGCAGCCAAUGAAUCAACAGGUUACACAACAGCAGGCCAGCCCACAACAAAUGGGGCAACGGACUCCAAUGAGCCCACCGUUGAGUUCGGGGCACAUGCAUCCAAUGGGUAAUGCUAAUCAAGAGGCAUGCCCUGCGAGCCCGGCAUUAAGCUCUCAAACCCUAGGCUCUGUUGGGAGCAUAACAAAUUCUCCUUUGGACUUGCAAGGAGUGAACAAGAGCAACUCUGUCACUAAUACAUAGUUGAUACUUAAUGUGCUUCAUUUUUUCAAUGAUUCUCACUUGCUGUGUAUGACCGAUGCUGAGAGAUCUCAGAGUUAUGUUUUAAAUUUUAUUUUUUUUGACAUAUGCAUCUGAGAGUUCUGGUAGUUUGAGUUAACCUAGGAUUCAACAAUAACCUGUAGUGCAGAGUCUGUAUAAAUCAUUUUUCAGUUUUUUUUUUUUUGGUUCAAUGUAAAUAUUCAGGGAGCAGUUCAUUUGGUAUCACUUGGUCGGUUGUCAAUAUAAAAAAUAAUGUUAGAAAUAUAGCAAAGAUUUUGUUUAAUUUAUUUUGACUUA